CCAAGGCGGAGUGCCAUAGGGGGAAGUCCCCGAUGUCCUCACUCACAGAAAGUGAGGCCGCGUUCGAAAGUCGAGCGGGAGAAGUUGGGUUGACCAGCGAUGAAAUCGAUCUCUUGAAAGGACAAGGGAUCCGGACCCUCGGUCGCCUGGCGUAUGCAGUCUCUCAGCCGGGGACGCCAGCGCCCGAGGCGGGUUUGAAAGCUCUCCUGACAACCGCUGGAGGCGGUGAUCCUACAGUGGGAGCCAUAUCAUCAGUCAGGAGAUUGACUUUUGAAGCGCAGACGUUGAUUUUGUCACAACUCAGGCAACUCGCAGAAACUGGGGAGUCCGGUGGACAGGUUGAGCUGCCUGCCGCGGAGAGAUCUGAUAGGCUUGCAAAGCAGAAGACUCGACUCACAGGCCUAGAGUUGACUGGUGAGCUGGAAGUCUCCCACGCUGCCUACAACUUAGUGGCUCAGAUGUUAGAGCAUGGACAAGUUGUUUACCUUCACCCCAGCAGGUUCGGAACUCGCAGAUCAGAGCUCCUGCAAGAGAAGCCGCAGAAGCAACUAGCUUUCGACAAAAACCUGGUGAGUGUCAAAGAUGUGGUGAAGGAAGCAAAAUGCUCAGUGGACAACGAGUACGAUAUGAUGCAAGCCUUGACAAGGCGCUCUCUGGCAUUUGACCUGACUGGUGUGUGCUCUUUUGCUGAGAUGCAGAAGUGGAGCAGGCACCUUCUCCACCAAGUGCGUGCAGAGGCGCCCCCAGGGUACGAGAGUGUGACGUUGGCGCAAGCCAUCAGAGCAGACAAGGAGGCCUUCUUGCGACUUGCAGAGUGGACCGCAGACGGCUUGAAAAGGCGCGCUGAUGGGACGCUCCCCUUUGAAAAAGGCAUGGAACGUCUGUACUCUGACCCGAGCAUACAGUUUCAUUUGUUGCCACUGCCUGGGGCGAAGCCACUGCCCAAGCGACCAGAGAAGCGAGUGAGCUCGGCGGCUGCUGGAGCAAGCGACGUGGAGCCCAAACGUUUGGCCAAGAAGCCCAAAGGUGGCAACAAAGGUGGGGGCAAAAGCAGCAAGACUCGAAUGCCUCUGCCGAAGGGUAUGUUUGGUAAAGCAAGCGAGACAAAGUCUGGCGAAAGGAUUUGCUGGGCAUACAAUCUGGGCGGCUGUGACGGUGCCGGCGACAAUGAGUCAUGCAGUCGCGGCAAGCACGUCUGUGCUGAGAUCGGAUGUGAGAAAGGACACCCCAUGAGUAAGCACCGCUGACAUGAGGUGGAUGGUACGUGGGAGCGGCUUUUCCGUUCCCGCGUUGAGGGCAAGGAUCUCACCAGGCUGCUUUUCGUAGAGGUUUUCUCCGGGAGUGGCCGCCUGACAGCAAGUGUUAGGCGCGUCGGGUUGACAGAGAGCGUAGGUGUCGACCAUGUCAUUGCCAAGCAAUGCGCUGCGCCGACCGUGAAACUUGAUCUCACAAAACAGUGCGAGCUCUUGUUCAAGAUUUUGGAUUCACCAUUUACAGCAGCAGUGCACUGCGGACCGCCUUGCGGCACAGCGUCCAGAGCAAGAGAGAUAGUCCGCAGCGGACCUUGUCCAAAGCCGCUGAGAUCAGAUGUGUAUCCCGAUGGGUGCCCAUGGAUUUACGGCACCGAUGCUACAAAGGUUGCAGCUGCAAACGCACUUUACAGCCUAACAGCAGACAUAGCCGACCUGUGCAGCAGACGGGGAAUUCUCUUCACUGUUGAAAAUCCUGCUCGGUCGUUGUUUUGGGAGACAAGUUUGUGGUUGCGGACCCAGCCCUUGCAGUUGCAUGCCACCUUCUUGCAUCAUUGCAUGUUUGGAUCGUCAAGACGCAAAUUUACACAGCUGCAAGCAAAUUUUGCGGAGAUUUCAGAGCUGGGAGUGCUGUGCAAUAACCAACAUGGGCACCGACCGUGGGGUUGCAUACCCAACAAAGGCUGGGCUACGGCCGAAGAAACGGCUUAUCCUUGGCCACUUUGUGCAGCUUUUGCCCAUUUGAUCAAGAGUGUCCUUUUGGAACACGGUGCGCUUGAACCAGCCGCAUCCCUGACUCAGGCUCAGGAUUCUGUGUACUUCGCGCAAAUCAGGCAAGCAAGGGCAAUGACUGGAGUUCAGCCACGCGGCCGCCGUUUUCCUCCUUUGAUCAGUGAAUUCAAACACAUUUUCACACUUGUCGGGCCUCGUCAUUUAAUCCCAACACAAUUUUCCAACGAUUGGACUGUGCCUCACGGUGUGACCUGUUCAAGCAGCGUUGGAAUCGUGCCUGCCGGCAGCAAAGUUAUACGAACACAAUGGCAGGGGGGUAUUAUAAGACCAGCGGGGAGCAGAGCUGACCUGGAUACAAAGUCAGAUGUUGACCGACUCUUCAAGGCGGUGGUGGGUGUCUUUUGGACACCCGAUGAAUUUUUGACCCAAGCCUCCUCGAUUGCGCACCCCAGAUGUCUCAUGGCGGGUUUGCCCGAAUCACUGAAGGCUGCAAUUCGUGCCAAUGUUUUCGCUUCCGACGAGGACCUCGGAAGGGAACGAACCGCAGUUUUGAGACGCUGGCUGAGCUUGGCUUUCAAACUGAGGGACGAGGAGCAGACUAUGCGUGCUGCCAUGCCUGCCCAUGGGGAGUCCAUCACGCGCGGCAAGAGGCUUGCUCUUUUUCGUGAGCUGCUGCGUGAAAUCAAUCACCCUGACGCACUGCUUACAGACCAGAUCUGCAAAGGCUACGACCUCACGGGUCCAAUCCCGGCCAGUGGGGUUUUCAAGACCAAAUUCACUUUUGCAGAGAUGAGUGUCGAAGAGUUGAGAGCAACGGCAGAGCUGCGCAGCCGAGGAAUUUUGGCAAGUGUGAAAUCUUCUGGCGACACAAGCCUUGACGAGGAGCUCCACAAAAUUACUUUGCAAGAGCUGGAGAAGGGCUGGCUCGAAGGGCCCGUCAGCCCAGAAGCGCUCCCUCGUGGGGCAACUGUUUCAAGACGUUUUGGAAUUUGGCAGGGAGGGAAAUGCCGCCCUAUUGACAACCUGACUGAAAGUUUGAUCAACUCGACCUGCAGUUCCUGUGAGGGCAUUUCUGUUCACACCGCUGAUGUGAUUGGUGCGGCUCUGGGUUUUCGCAUGGAUCUCGGGCGACGUGCAGGCAUCAGCGAGAACUUGAAAGCUCAGUGCUGGGAUUUGAGGAAAGCGUACAAGCAACUGUUCGUUUCGGCCUCGUCACUCUGCGACUCGUACAUUGGGGUAUGGAACCCGUCAACUGGCGUUCCGGAGAUUUAUUUGCAGCUGGUACUCCCUUUCGGGGCUUGCGCUUCGGUGAACGGUUUCAUUCGUGCAGCAACCGGGUUGUGGGGCCUUGGUACUGUCCAGCUGAAACUGCAUUGGAGUGGGUAUUAUGAUGACUUCUUCGCAGUUAGCCGGGCACGUUGCUCGGAUCACACACAACUGGUGGUUGCGAGCUUUUUCCGCUUGUUGGGUUGGGACAUCUCAGACGAUAAGCUCGUUGCUUUUUCAACUGUUGCAAAGGUCCUCGGGUUGGAAGUGGACCUUGGGGAUUCACACCUUUUCGCUUGCAGCUUGAAAAACACUCAGAAGAGAAUAUCAGAGCUGUCGGAAUCCAUUGCAGGAAUUCUGUUACAAGGAGCGCACGCGCCAGGAGAACUGGCUUCGCUUCGAGGGCGCUUGCAGUUUGCAGAGACUCAGAUGGCAGGGAGGCAGUCAUGUAGAGCCAUGGGUGUGCUCAAUUACUUUGUGAGCCGUUUUCCAAGAGGGGGCCAUUUGCAUGAGAAGCUCAAACUUGCGCUGACCUUUCUUAGGGAUCGCGUUGUUUUGGCCAAGCCAAGAUUGAUCGUGCCAGCCACAUGUGAGACACUAGUUGUUUUUGUGGACGCUUGCCACGACGAUGGGAAAGCAGGGCUGGGGGCCGUCCUGGUGGCCAGUGAAGACCAAAGGGGAAGUUUCUUCAGCAGAUGGCUUGCCGAGUCCGAGCUCUCACUUCUGAACUUGGCAGGGAGCGCGAACCCCAUUUUUGAAUUAGAAUCAUGUGCAAUUGCGGUGGCGCUGCAGACCUGGAGCAAGUAUUUUAUCAAUCGCCAAGUUGUUGUCUACACAGACAACAACGGCGCUUUGGGAUGCUUUGUCAAAGGGCAGAGCGACAGCGAGUGCGGCAGACUCCUCAUCGAGUGGACCGAAUCGUGGGAAAGGGCGAACAACGCCCGCCUGUGGUUUGAAAGAGUGCCUAGCCACUCAAAUCCAGCUGAUGCUCCUUCUAGAGGUUGCCGAGAUCUGGGAACAACCUUAAGUGAAACAGAAGCAGAACUUGGCGAAGUGCUAAGUGCGAUACGCCAGAGUGGCAAGAGUGGCAUGGGGGUUACAGUGGCGGUCAGAUAGGCCAUAGCGGAUGAAGUCCUGCUUGGCAUCGCGGGAGUCGCGCAGUUUCACGCGCCAACAUCCCCAAGCUGCUCUGAGUGAGAAAAAAAA